ACGCUUGCCAUCCUAAUCAACUCUGGACUCGGCUUUCGACGAACUCUGCUGCUCAAUCUGAUCCCGAUUUUUCUCAGCUACCUCGGUUUCGCCUGCGGUGUACUGCUUGAUAAUGUCGAUGAAGACUAUGAUGAAUUCAUCUUUUCAAUAUCGUCCGGAAUGUACUUGUACAUUUUUCUUGGAACAUUGAUACCCGAAAUUCGAGAAGGCUGCAAUGAGCUGAUGAAGGUUGACAUGAGGGAGAGUCUUCUCGUCACAACAUUGCAAUACCUUGGAAUAACGAGCGGCAUUUGUUUCAUGUAUUACAUGAGUACGGUUGAUGUAGAACUC